CUCCUGGUGGCCCUCUCGAUUCUGUGUGUCGUCCAAAUAGGAAUCAUGGCUACUUUCUUAGGACUGACUCUUCUCUCGAUAUCCCAUCUUUCUGAUGUCAUCAUUCAAGAUAGUAACUGCUACCCCGCGAUCCCACCUAUCGCAGUGUUCUUUUGGGUCCCUGCGCUCGUCUUCGAACCUGUUCUCUGCGCCCUUGUUCUAUGGGCGGCCUGGGGUGAAGAAUGUGCUCACAGAUUCAGCCUCAUCUACUUCUUAGGAAUCUUCAUCGAGCUCGCAGUCAAUGCUAUCCUAUGGAUAAAUCGCAGCUCAUACAUUAGGGCAGCACUCCCGUAUGUCUCACAAACCCCUUCAGGCCUCAGGAACUGGUCGUAUGUGCUUCCUUCUAUCCUAGGCUCUCGCUUGUUCUUGAGCAUGCGAGCAGCUGUCUUGUUCCCCGAGUCGUGUGACCGACAAAGAGGCGUCUUGCGUAAUCUGAUGAGCAUAGGAGGACCGAGUGCUCUGGAAUGGGCGGUAUCUACGGGGGAAGACGUAGGGAUUGAUUCGUGA